UAGGCGAUUUUCAUUAGAAUUCGUCAACAAUCCACGGAUAAAAAAUCGAUUUUAGUGAGAAAUUGAAGAUAAUUUUCGGGCGUUAGACGACGAAUUGCGAAGAUGAAUUACAUGGCAAAGGGUCCGCCUACGGCGAAAGAUCAAUCGCCAAACGGAGGAAAUCGCCCAAUGGGACAACAACCGGCAGGCAAUACUCCUCAAAUGGAGCCAAAUAAUGCGUUUCAACAAACGCCGCAGCAAAUCUUGUCGACAAUUCAGCAGCAAAUGUACAUGCAACAGGCUGGUCAAGUGUUGGCUCACGCUCAAAAUUGGGCAAAUUUGGCGCAACAACAAACGGUUUCAUCUUCGCCAUUGGCUCCUUUAAUGCAGCAGACUUUGCAGCAACCUUUGAUGCCGAAUCAAGUCACGACGGCGCCUCAGCAAUUGCCUCAAAAUCCUCCUCAGCAACAAUCCCAAUCGAAUGUCACCAUAUCAAAAGUACCGACCCCAAGCGUUUCCGUUAAUCAAGCAGCUGUUUCGGUUCCUUCGACGCCUCCGCAGCCGCAAACAGCGAACAAUCAACAACAAACUCCCGCUGCUCAAAUCCCGAUAACGCAAUCUUUGGCGCCAACAACGACAGCAAAUCCCGUAAAUGCAUCGCAAAAUAAUGCACAAUCGCCGCAAGCUGCUAAAGUUGUCCCUAAUAACGUUUCGCCGCCUACGAAACCUCCCGCUUUGACGCCGUUAUCGCAAACAACAACAACACCGCCCAAGCCUCCUCAAGCCCAAACGAGUCCCGCGAAGCUUGAAUCGCCGCCUAAAACAGCAACGACUCCCGCGAAAGAAGGAACGCCUGUUUUGCCGCCUCGACCUGUAUCGCAUCAAAACACGAUUGCAACCUCAAUUGUUCAGAAAACUCCGACAAAAAGUAAUUUCAAGUUGGCAACUGUUUCUCCGCGAAUCAAGACGACGCCCAAAAAGAGUCCUCCUGUCAACGUUCCAUCGUCGCAGCAGCAACAGCAACGUUCAGUUCCUUCUUCUCCUCCUCCUGCUACAAAUACUGCUUCAACGGAUCGUCCCAAUGCGAUGAUAAAGUCGAAGGAAACAACUCCCGUUAAACCCGCAGUAACAACAUCUCCAAAAGUUGAACAAAAAUCACCCCCGAAAACGACGCAAGAAGCGACGAAACCCUCUCCCGUCGCAAAUAACGUGACAACAUCACCGAAUUCUGCUCAAACUAACAACGUAACGUCGUCAUCUCCGCAAAAGAAAGAAACUCCUGAAGUUGUCAAAGCACCUGAAGCUGUCGAGGUAAAAUCGACUCCAGCGAAAACGGAAGUUCCGAAGGAAGUUUCUCCCAAAACUGCUGAAAAGAAGGAAACUCCGCCUCAGGUCAAGGCAGAAGUGACAAAAAAGACACCCGCUGCAAAACCCAAAGCAGAACGAAAAGCUCAAGUUACGCCGAAAGUCGAGCCAAAAGCUUCUACCUCACAGGAUGACGGAACAGGCAGAACAAAACGCGCCCGCAAAGAAGUUCAACCUUUCCAAAGCCCAAUUCCCGAAAUUGAGAAUGCUAAAAAGGCUUCUAUUACGCAAAAAGCAUCUGCGAGCAAAGAACCCGCAGAUAAAUUGAUCAUUUUUUACAAAAACGAAUUUCUUGCCGUGCGUAAUGCUGAUGGCGGAUUCUACAUAUGCCAAGCUGUCUCGAACGUCACGAAAAAAGGUCAACGCAUCAACAUUCGAUGGUACAACGAAGAAGAUCCCGGAUCAGGCAUUUACAUUCCCGAUUAUUUCGACAAAACUGAGUUUGAAUGCGUUUUAACGACAGUCGAGUUGGAAAAAUCAGGAAAAUCUAAUUAUAAAAUACCUGAGCCCGAAUUGAAACGAGUUCAGCAUAUCUUGAAGAAUGCAUUGGAUGUUGAGAAAGGAAUUGUUCCCAAACCAGAAAUCACGGAAGAAAAUCCUGAUGGGCUCGAUUUAUCUCUUUACACGAACGAGUCACAAUUGGAAAGACCUUCUGAUGAACCAACAACACCAAAAUCGAGCAAGAAAACCAACACAACAAAGAAAUCAACGGCAAAGAAGUCAAAUAAGCGAGCUCAUGAUGAUUCCGAAGACGAUGAUGACUCGGAUUAUGUUGUUUUGGCAAAAGCUGCAAAGGUUAGUCAACCGCCUCGAGAGAAAUCACAACGUGCUACUGCUCCAGAUACGAAGAAACGGAAAGCACCUGAGCCCGUAAAAGCUCCUCCUGCUAAAAAAGUCGCUGCAGCUCCUGCUAAAAGUGCAAAAGCAACUGAAGUUGAAAAACCCGCUGAAAAGCCUCAAAAGAAAGAAACAGCAAAACCAGCUAACACAAAAAAGCCUGUAGCAGCUAAACAACCUCCCGCGAAAAAGGCAACGACAACAGAAAAACCAUCAGCAACAACGAAAAAGGAGACGCCAGCAACAGGAAGACCGACACGCGCUGCAAAAAAAUGAAAAACGAGUGAAAAAAGUCACUUUAGUACAUAAUUGAUAAAAGCAGAAAACAUUAGAUAGUAAAAUGUUGAAUAUUUCUAUAUGAUUGUGUAUUGUGUGACAUGUGUAAUUUUUUUUUGACUGUGCGAAAAAAUGUCAUUUUCUUAACAGAAAUUCAUAAUUUUCGAAAAUCAGGAAAUUCUUUUUUUAUAUCUCGAAUUUUUCUCAAAUUUAAAAAUUUGCUUAGAAUAUCAUUAAUUAUUAUAUUAAACAAUAUAAAUAUAUAUAUGAUAAAAAUUAUUAGGUAAGAUAGUAGCGAUAUAAUGUUAAGCUAAAAUAAAGAAAAAGGUGUAAUACAAAAAAUAAAAUAAAUAAUAAAAAUGACACGUUAUAGAAAAAUUUUCGAGAGCGAAAUUUAAGUAUGCACAAAA